CGACCAAGAUGGCGGCGGAAUGCCCGGAUGUUGCCCUCCAGCAGAUCCCGACAGAGGUGUCAAAAUGAAAUCAAACAGCUACAUAGAGUGACAUGAAACAACAGUAAAUGCCUCAAAUAUUCGUUUUUUUUAACCAAAACCCGCGAAACAGAAGUUAAGUUUGGAGCAUUUGAGUGACAACGGAAGAGAAGACGCCAGGACUAAAAUGGCGACGUCGUCUAGUAUAAGACAACUUCAACAAAAAUUAGCGCCACCAACUACCAGCAAAUCAUCAACGGAGACAAAGCUGAAAACUGCAGAUAAAGUGUGUUUGUGUGCAGACGUCCAACACCUGAUUGGUCAUCAGGGAAAACUUUCCCCUCGGCUGCAAGGGUUCGCUACUUUGAAGCAGGAGAAUAUCCAUUUCGUCCACGUGAAAGAGGAAGAGGAGGAACUCAACAUCACCCAGGAAGGAGACUAUCUUUUCAGGCCGGAGGAGGCUGAUCCCACCAAGUUACCAAUGACUUUUGUCUCUGUGAAGACUGAAAACCAUGAAGAUUUACCUCGAGAAAAUCUCUUAGCUCCACUAUCUCACACUGACAGCAAACCAUUUGAAUGCUCCGAAAAGAAGACAGACGUCCAGGAGCUGAUUGAUCAUCAAGAAGAACAUUCACCUCAGCCACAAGGGAUCUCCACUUUGAAGCAGGAGGAUCCGUAUUCCCUCCACAUUAAAGAAGAAGAAGAAGAAGAACUCUGGAUCAAUCAGGACGAGUGUCUUCUAGGGUCAAAGAAGGCUGAUCCCAUCAAUUGGCCACUGGCUGUUGUCUCUGUGAAGACUGAAGAGCAUGAAGGAAAACCACAAGAUCAGCAGUUGAUUAGUUAUCAAGAAGAAGAAUCCCCUCAGCCGCAUGAGAUCACCACUUUGAAGCAGGAGAAUCUGCAUUUCCUCCGGGUUAAAAAGGAAGAGGAGGGAAUCUGGCUCAUUCGGGAGGCUGAUCCUACCAAGUUGCCACUGACUGUUGUCUCUGUGAAGACUGAAGACCAUGAAGAAAAACUACAAGCAAACAACCUCUUAGCUCCACUAUCAGAUAGUGAGGCUGAAGACUUGGUUGAAGAACCUUUAAGCAGCGAUACAGACUGUGAAGGGGAUAUGAGGACUAACACUGACAACAAACACUCUCAAUGUCUUAAGAAUAACACCGGUAAAAAACGUUUUAGCUGCUCGGUUUGUGACAAAAGUUUUACUAAAAGGAGCUAUUUGCCUCAACAUAUGAAAACACAUACUGGAGAAAAAACAUGUAGUUGUUCAAUUUGUGGGAAAAGAUUUACUCAUAAGGGCUAUUUGCCUGAGCACAUGCGAACACACACGGGGGAAAAAAGAUGUAGUUGUUCAAUUUGUGGGAAAAGAUUUACUCGGAAGUCAAGUGUGGCAACACACAUGAAAGUGCACACCGGAGAAAAACCCUUCAAUUGUUCAGUGUGCGCGAAACAAUUCACUCAGAGGCCAACUAUGGUAAGACACAUGAAAACGCACACACACAAAAAAAGCUUCAGGUGUUCAGUUUGUGGAGAACUAUUCACUCUGAAGUCAAGUAUGGUCAGACACUUGAGAACGCACACAGUAGAAAAACCUUUUAGUUGUUCAGUUUGUGGUAAAAGUUUCUUUUUAGAAUCUGCGAAGAUCAGACACUUAAAAACGCACACGGGACAAAGACACUUUAGUUGUUCAGUUUGUGGGAAGAGAUUCACUCUGAAGUCAAAUAUGGUCAAACACAUGAUCACGCACACGGGGGAGAAACGCUUUAGUUGUUCAGUAUGUUGUAAAAUGUUCUAUAAAAAAGGAGAUGUGGUAAGACACAUGAGAACACACACAGGAGAAAAACCUUUUAGUUGUUCUGUCUGUUGCAAAACAUUUGCUCAGAAGAAAAGUAUGCUCAAACACAUGAGCUCACACAGCGGAGAAAAACCCUUCUGUUGUUCAGUUUGUGGUAAAAGUUUCUUUUGGGAACCUGCACUGAUUAGACACAUGAAAAGCCACGCAGGAGAAAAACCCUUUAGUUGUUUAUUUUGUGGAAAAAAGUUUAGUCUGAAGUCAAGUAUGGUCAGACACAUGAACACGCACUCAGGAGAAAAACCCUUUAGUUGUUCAGUUUGUGGUAACCGGUUCUUAGAAAAGCGAUCUAUGGUAAGACACAUGAAAAUCCACACAGGAGAAAAACCCUUUAGUUGUUCAGUCUGCUGUAAAAGGUUCUCAGAAAAGAGAGAUAUGGUUAGACACAUGAGCACACACACAGGAGUAUAAUUCUUUAGAUGAGGGGUGCCCAUGAGGUUGAUCGCGGAGGGUGUGUUAUGUCAUUUUCCUAAGGCUGUUCUAGACAGAGGCGGUGUUCUUUGCUCCUGCAGGCGCGCUGGCCACACCUCCCUCCACAGACUGUUUUUGGCAAGGUUGCUCCUUUGCAUCUCAACAGUUUUUUUCACUACAAUAGGCGGAACCGAAUCUUGCUUGAGUGUAAAUAGUUGGGGUUUUGGCACCAGCUGCUAGACUAGACUAGAUCUGGCCAAUCUAAGUCUAUGAACAUUAACUGAUGAACUACUAAUUGGAUGAGAGGCAAAAUGUCCUCUAAGUCAAACCAAACAGUCCAGUUGCCAUCAAUUGAAUGUUGUGCGAAUGACCUGGACGAACGCAAACAUCCAUAUACAAACAUCACGAUGAUGCUCAAAGCUAAAAGACUAUGAUACCAAUAUAGUAUGGGCGCAUCUUUCAAAACUCUGAUGUCAGUAAUUAUGAUGUGUUAGUAUCGUUAGUUCUAACAGUUGGAUGUAAAUACCAUGUAUAUUAUUUGUUAUUUAUUACAGUGAGCAAUGAUUGGUUACUACUAGUAGUAUUUGACGAUAUCGCUCUUUGGUGUAAGGUUAUCAACCUAUCAUGAAAAGCUCCUGUAAUAGAUGUGGUGUGAAACAAACCUAACAAAAUCUACGGGAGUAAAGGUUAUUGUCAGAAUAAUUGUAUCGAAGUUAUCACAAAACUUUGUGUUGCCAUGAGUUCCCGGCGAGAGGACAAAAGUUGUCUUUGAUCUUACCAUUCAAACGGCUUGUGAAACUCCACUGUGUAGGAUGGGAAGCGACAUGAAGGUGUUGGUUUCUUUGAUGUAUUGUAAUCCACAGGAAGAUUUUGUUUUGACCCGAGAUCUACGAAGCGGAGAGGAGGCAGGGCCUGACCCCCCUCCAGGCACCUUUUCUUUGAACUGUUGUGUGGCCGAGGGCAACGGCUGUUUACGACCUUUCCUUUGAACCAACCCUUUCUUUUAACUGUUUUGUAACCAAAGGCGAUGGCUGUUUACGACCCCCGUCCCUUUAGAAACAGCUGUUGCCAUGUAAUCAGGGAAAGUCCAAAUAUAAGAGGAGGCGUACAAUCUUUCGUCAGAGCGUGGUGGGACACUGUACAAGAGUACAGCCCAGACGUUUCUCCUCAAUUGAGCCACAUUUAAUUCUGUCUCUGUUUGAUUCCUUGCUUCUUUGUCUAUUUAAUAGAUGUCAUCAGUGUUUGAACCUGACAGUUAUGGUUUGACUUUAUUUUGAGCAUGCAUACAGUUACAAGUUGAGUUGAGUUGACACAGUUACGGGGUUGGACGUCCUUAAAACACAAUACAGUUAAUAAACAAGGAAAUGUUACAUUUUUGUAUGGAGGAAAAUAUGUUAUGUUAAAAAAUAUGUCUUGUGCAAUUUAGGUAUUGAUGGGGGGGGGAUAAACAUGAUGGAUUUUUCCAACAUCCAACCCCAUG